AUGGAGCAAAUUAGGCAGAAUUUCCCAAAACUUGUCGAGUGCAAAGUGCAAAUGGAGUUACACAAUGAGCAACAAGCGCAAAGCUACUCGUACAAAUCACAAGAGUGGGAUGAAAGCCGUCACAAAGCAUUGGGGUCUAAGAUGGCGGAACUGCGUAAAACCCAGGAAGAACUCAAAAAAGCUAAAGAGAGGACCAUGCAGGCAUGGAUAAACUCCAGGCCUCUCAUUGACGAGCUCGAAAUGUUGAAGUCUGGCCUUGCAAGUGCUGAAAACCGAUGUACUACACCCAAUAUCAUCUCAGACCUUGAAUCACAGCUUGAGACGACCAGCAUAAGCAUCAGAUCCAAAAGGGAAGAAGAACACAAGGCCACAAAGAUGAUCAAUGAAAUAAAUCAGGCUUCCGAUCAAAUGCGCCAAGAGAUUGAAAAGUUUAAGAGAGAUACAGAUGAAGAACGACAAGCAAAACCUCGAUUGAAACAAGCCUUGCAUCUGAGGAGACAGACUCUGCAGACACUGCAACUUGGACUUCGAGCUGCACAAAUAGAAAAAGAAGCUCUUGGUGCAUCGGCAGCAGAAGCACUUCAAUACAUAAACUGUUCAGAAAUGGAGAAAACCACCAUCCACCUCACUCUGGAAGACUACCAUGCCUUGACAAAAAGAGCAGAAGAUGAAAAUUCUCUUUCAGAGUGGCGUGUUUCGGUUGCAUUAGAACAGAAGCUUGCAACUGAGACAAGCCGAAACAAACCUUUGGCAAAAUUGAACAGACUCUACUCUCAGAAAAGAUCAGGAGGAAGGGAAAUUAAAGAAGAAAAUAUAAGUGGAGAUGGACACAAUGGAGAUCCCAGAAUCAGGACGGGAGACCAAGUGGACACCGGACAGAAUAUGCUCCCCCAAGCUCAGAACAAAGCAAUAGCCAAGCCAAAUCAGCGGAAACCACAGAAAAAGAGAUCGAGAAGCAAUAACAGUAAGAAGUUGUCAGCAAAAAGAAAACCAUCUAUAUUGCAACAAAUAAGACAUUUUUUUGUAAGAAAGAUAAAAAGGCUGUUUGGAUAA